AUGACUCUAAUCGAGAUUUGUCUCAAGGCUGCCUGCCCCCGUGUAUUCCUCUUACCGGAUGGUGCUUACACCACCCCUCUUGCACGGUUUCUGCCCUGCUACUCCACGGCAACAUUCGGGUUCGUACUGGCAGAUGGCGAGACAAACGGUUUGGCGAGUGGUCAGGCAGGCGGCUGCAAGAGCGUGUCCAGUGGAGGCCCAACAGAUCAGCCAUGCUACCCUGCGACCCCUCCCGUCCGGAAAGCUCUUUCGGCCUCUAGUCGUGCCUCCAAGAAGUUGGCUCGUCUGUUCCCCCAAAUUCCAGAAGAUUAUCACUGGACACUUGAGGAGUGGCUAGACUUACAUGAAAAGCACAGACAGUCUCUGGCGCAACUUGAGUCUGACGCAGACGGCAGCCUGCACAGCUUUGCAUCCGACGCUGUGUCCACCUCAGAAACCUACACCCCAAAGUUUGAGAAGGCCCCAGAGACGGAGCUUUUGGCUUGGCGCGGGGAAAACAAGGUUUGUAUCCUUGUAGUGGCGCCACAGGCCGCGAUUUCUCAGGCAUUGGCAAGUGCCUUGUAUCAUCGACAUGCUGUGGGGCUCGUGACGCCCGUCUUGGGCCUGGUCGUCGAGCCACACAGUUCGAUGAUCCGACUUGCGGUGGCAUGGCUUGAAGACAAGCCUGAAGUCACCCUUCCCGGCCAUCUGCCUUCCGUUCACAUUGCGUUGGCGGCGCAGGAUGAUUCACAUAGGCCAUCAUCGUUCGGACAGUUCAACCUCGCGGAACUUCACUCCGCACUCCUUUUUGCUCUGUGCAUAUUGGCGCAGAAGGCGAAAUUCGAUGUAGAUAGCGAAUUGCCAUGUUUUAACCAUGGGUCGGCUGUUCCUGACAGGCUCGCGUGGCGAACGGAUACUCUGCGCCUUGUUGAAGAGGAGCCAGCUCCCGACCUCAACGACUUUAUUUCCUCCUGGGCGAGUAGCGUGAACGACAUGGAACUUAGAGGAGAUCAGCUGAGGGAUCAGGUGCCUGCUGCGUCUCUGUCGCAGAAGCGUUAUGGCAGUGAAUAUCCGCAGUCUACUACGUCUCUCCAAAGACAGUCGCGUGAGGAAUCAUUUUUAUGUUCCGAGAUGGCUUCUAAGGUUGGUGACAAAGAUACGCCAGAGCCAACUUGGUUAUGGCUUCAAGAGCGACAUUGUGUUACUGUGACGCUUCCUUCUCUUUGCAUGUACGAGAAGUUGGAAAAGCGGCCCGACCUGGACAUGUUGAGCCCGCAGUGGAAGUUGAUGCUGCCACACGUCCAGUGCUACUAUAAUUAUCUGUCGCUGAAGACCACUGAUUUCGUUCUAGUAAUGCCAGAAGUCAAAGACGAAGCUUUGCAAGGGCUACGAAAAGAGCUGAUAUCGUCUCUGCGCUCCAUAGGGAUCUCCGAUAAUGGUCCACCGAGCAUUGCUCAGAAGCCGCUGUCCAUUUUCCUUCACAAACACUGCUAUAGUAUUCUGUGCGCGGUAUCUGAUGCACAGCUGGUGAAACGGCGCUCUAGAACGUAUCCCAUCUCGGAGAUUGAGUUCAGACAAUGUUGGGAUAGUUUGUUGCGUAUUUGCUUGAACUACGACGAGGGUUCAGUAAUGGCCUUGUACGAGCAGACCAUCGAGCUUCCUCGAAAUGAAGUACUCGACUUCAUGUUUGUCGAACCCUUCGGUACCCCAGCAGCCAUGGCGAACUCUGGGGAUACGGCACCGGCCGUCAGCUCAUUGACGAA